GCAGUAGUCGGCUAUUAGGCUGCGCAGUAUGAUAUGCGCGAUCACGGACAGACUUCGCGCAGUUCGUGGUUGCGCGACCAGCUAAGCGGACAAGCUUUUACCGUCACUCGGUCCCGAGCGGGUUUCAGUGACGUUUCUGCUAGCGUAGAGAAUAGGUCAGAAAGAAGAUACAUAGUAUCCAUCACGCACAUUCCAGUGUUAGAGCAAUUGACAUAAUUCAAAAUGUUCACGGGGCUAACGAAUCAGAUGUCUACAUGGAUGGGAAAGAAAGGCGAAGAAAGCAAUACAGAAAUGCCGGCAGAAGAAAAAAUUACUCCGGUUACUGAACCAGGCGAUGUCGAUGCAGAGAAAAAAGACAGCCCUACCAAAGGUAGUAGCAAAUUGGAAAUGUUGGCCGGUGUAAAGUCUCAAAUGACGGGCUGGUUUAGCGGUGGAAUACCGGGAUUAACCCGUGGCGGUGCACAUGGAAAUGAAGGCGAGUCCCAACCGCCGGCGAAUGGCACCCAAGUGGCGCAAAACACCCAAAGCGAGCCGGCCCAGAAGGAAGAUGACGCAAGCAGGCAAGACGCUACUGGGGGUGCUGACAGCGGUCCUGGAAGCUUAGAGGGAUCACCGAUCGACGACAAAGAAGAGGGACAACAAGCAUUUGGAGGUGUUUCCACGAAGGCUCUGGCAGGUGCCAAGACUCUGGGCGGGUUUUUAUACAGCGCUGUGAACAAGGCUGGUAAAACCGUGGUUGAGGCUGGUGUGAAGAUCAAGAAAACCGUCGAGGAGAACAGAUUGGUCGCGGAACUGAACAAAGAACAGGAGGCUUUCAUUGCCAACAAGCACACCGAAAAGGGAGAGGCCGUUGCACCGUGGGUCGGUGCACCGAACGAGGACGUAUUACGCGAAGAAUGCUUAUCUCUCUCAACGGACAAACGCAACUUCUUGAGGCCCCCACCCGAGGGAGUUGAUUUUCCAUGGGACUUCGAGGUUGUGCAGCCGAUGGCGGAAGCCACCCUUGCUUUGGACCCGAAUCUGAAGGACAUGCGAUUCCAGCUGGUACCGAAAGUAAUAUCCGAAGAGAAUUUCUGGCGGAACUACUUCUACCGGGUCUCGGUUCUCCGUCAGAGCCACGAACUGAACGCGAUGGCCAGUCAGGCUGAAAACAACCAGAAUCUGACCUCCGCCGGAAACGUGAAUCAACCUGAAGUUCAAGUGACCACCGGCCAGGAAAGCGGCGGAACUGUGACCACCAGCAGUAACAACGCCGAUUCCCCGGGCCACGAAUUCGUGUCCGAUAGCAUGAGGGUCUCGGACACGGACCUCGAAGAGGUCCGCGAGGGCAUGAAAAAACUUGGGAUGCAACCACCUAAAGAAGAAGAUUGGGAACGCGAAUUGGAAGCGGAGCUGAAGGAUUACGAGGUUGUUGUAACCGGAAGCGAGACGAAGAAUGGCGUCGCAACCACCAAAGACACCGACGCGAAUAAAGACGAUUGGGAGAAGCAGAUCGACGAGUUACUGGCCAACGAGGAAGAGGAGGACCUCAAGUGAGCCGAAGGGAUCCUCUUUGUGACCGGAUACAGAGAAGAUCUCGUCGCGUUUCAAUUGAGAUCCUGCCAGGAGAGAUUCGGCUUCUUCUUUUCUUCCAUCGAUCUUCCUCCGGUUUUCUAAAAAUAAAAAAAGGAAAACCGAAAGAAAGAAUCUUGCUCUGUCUCUCUUUUCGAAAAAUUCCUUAUUUUUAAUUGGGUAAUUAGUGUUCGGGACUUGAUCGUUUAAUUUAAUAAAGAUGGAGAGAGAAAUGAAUGAUUGUUGUUGAUAGAGGAGGUAGAAGAUGGAAGGGGAGGAAGGAGGGUUGGAAGAGGAAACAAGUUUUCCUCUUCUUACAGGGGUAUGUUUUCUCUCGACAGCGUGUACGUUUACGAUCCUCGAGCACGAUGAAGACGAUAGGGUGACCCGAGGGUGAUGGGUUAAUUAUUUUUCGACGAUCUAGCUUCUCCGUCGAUUCCAUCCAUCGAUGAUCCAUAGACGGUGGACGGGUGUGCACACGGGACACGAUUCUAUGUACUUGAACGCCACACUUAUGUCAAUUGUUAGACUCGCCGUCGAUUACUACACGGGCGAAUGUGUAAGAUUUCUUCAUGCAUUUUCUCGUUUGUAAUAUUGAUCGUUAAACAUAUUUAAAGAAAGAAAAAAAAAAGAAGAUAAAUCAAUGUACUUCUUAAUGUUUACUCGAUAUGCACUGUGCUAAGAAAUAUAUAUGUGUAUCUCGUGUGAAUAAUAAAUUAAAUACGAUUGAAUAUUCUUCAUCGGGUUCGAAGGAUCGAGGACUAUCCAGGAUCACACACUUUACACUGCCGUGUGCCGAAGGACACCGUUUCGAACGGAUCGACGAAUCAGCUUCUCUUUUUUUUUUUUUUUUUAAUUUUAUCAAAUUGACACGUUUAAUGCCAUAGUGGAAAAAGUCGCUUCAUUUUUUAAUUAUUUACUUUGAAUUAAAAUUGGGAAAUAAUUUUUCUGCAAAUAGCUAAUUUUUAAAUUUCCAGUUUUAGGUUAUUAAUAUAGUAAUACUUAUUCCUUUUUUUUUAAAUUAUUUAAAGCAUCGAUCAUAGGUGCCUUUAAUCAGUGUAAUAAUUAAUUUCCAUUAACAUACUAAUUGCAUUAUUAGUAUAACGCUAACGUCACCCAAACUUGCCCCUAAUUAUCCAAUUACGCAAAAUUUGAGGCGUCCAUCACCACCACGGCAAUCAACGUGUUAAUCUAUCGGAGAUCAAGCAUCCUACAACGAUCCUUUAUCGUUAUUCGUCGAUCGUGGAUGUUGCAUGCCAAAGAUGAAUUCAAUUCGAUUAAACAUACUCUGCCUCCGUUAAUUGUACCACGUGUACGAAAGAAAAAUCGUUGGCUAACAUGGUUUCAGAGCAUAUAUUAAGGUUAUGUUGGCGAGAGUCUACUUGUUCCAUUAAAUUGAUUGUUAAUUACGCUGACGUUGAGUAUAUGUUUAAUAUUUAAACUGCUGUGUCCACGUGAAAGCAAAUAGAAGAUACUAGAAAGAGGAAAGAAUGAUUUUCCGCGCUGUACCGUCCAACGGAAAGCAUUUCUGGACAGAAAUGAUAGCAUUAUAUAACAUCGAGAUUAAAGAGAUUAGCUUUUCACGUGGACCAAUCUCGAUCGACGAGAAAAAGGGAAUUUUCGUUACCAACCAUGAAAAAUGGAACAUGUGAUUCGUAGGAAGAAAAGGAAGGCUGUAAAAGGAAAUCCUUGCACUUCCCGUCGAGACGUUCGUUUUGCGUGCGCCGCUAUGUUGAGUCCAGAUCUUUCGUCAAUUCUUCCCCAGAGAUUUUCUAUAUUCUCUCUAUCGUUCAUCGACCGACUGAUUCGAUGUAUGAUGAAAAAAAAAACUCACUAGCCUAGAGGACUCCCUGAUCCUUUAACCCUUUCGCUGCUACAGGUAACUAUAGUCGCCCAAAGGGUGUAAAUUUUUGAAUAACAAUUGAGUAUUAUCUAAAAAACACUUGCGGUUUAAAAAACAAUUUAAUAUGGAAGCGUUUUGUAUCGACGAUGGCUGUAGCGGAAGGGUUAAGGGUAGAGAUGAAAAAAAAAAAAGAAAGACUUAAAAUUCUGAGCUCAACGCUGGUUCACCGCGUGCGCGUGUUUCAUUCAACUCGCUGCGAGGUUUUUUCAUUCGCGCUAGUCGUUAGGUCAUAUAUGGAUACGUAUACUGUAUUAAAUGUAUAUUAAUGUUAAGGUGUGUAAUUAAUUCGGGCCUAAGUUACGUCGAAGUUCCACAGAGUCGAUAAUCGUGAAAUUUCAUUAACACGAAGCUCCCCCCCUUCCCCCCUCAGAAUAAGUGAUAUAAUUCCACUAUCUAGCCAUGUUUUUUUUUCUUUUUUUCGUUAAGACGAAUCUGUUGGGUGUUAUACGUUUAUAUUCUAUUGAUUCAUUGUUAUAUAUUUCCCUCUUGGCACCGACCGAGAGGUUAGAAAACGUACAUUAUAUAUCGCGACGAGGAGAGCCCUUCAUCUUUUGAACGGGCGAAACCGAUGGAUCAGGAAAGUAAAUUUAUGUAAGACUUGAUAAGCGAACGUCUUUCCCUCUGUAAUAAAAAAAAAGAAAAAAAGAAAAAAAAAUUCAACGUUAACAGACACACACACACACACACA